AUGAACAACAAUAACAAGGAAGGAGUUUCAACCUCUUCCUCACCGACUCACCAACCAACAACUACACCACCUCCUCCUCAUAAAACCUUUUCAAUGCCUCAUAUACCCUCCCUCUCCCUUCAGAAACUCUCCAAUUCAUCUUCAUCAAUAUCCACUCAAGAUGCUCCACCAUCAACAACAACAUCUUCAUCCUCUUCCUCUCGAGGUCAAACCACACCAAGAACACUCUUUGAAAGUUUUAAGAGGAAACUUUCACGAGGUUUUCUAAGUCCACGUUCUUCCUCUCCUCCAACAACAAACAAUCAUAAUAAUAAUUCGUCAUCAUCAACAUCAGCAUCUCUAUCAUCAUCUUCAAAUAGUUUUGAACAACAAGCACAGACGAAACGAGCCACUUCAUUCAUGGUCGUGGAGGAUGAUCCAACUCUAUUGAGUGUUCAACAACAUACGACAACUGCCAACACCAUGACAGAUUAUACACUCUCUCCACCUACUUCACCUCUUAAUGGCAUGCCAAAUCAUCACCACCAGAAUCAUCAUAAUCUUGGAGUUACGAGUCCAACCACUACAACAACGUCUUCCUUGUCGCCCUCUUCUCGAACAAGCUCAUUCUCCUCAGUUUAUUCUCUAUAUAAUGGUUCGUCUUUGAAUAUGGGAAACUAUUCGAAUGGUGCCAAUAAUAACAAUAGCAACCAUACAACAAUAAUUACUCAGCAGAAUUCAUUCACGACUACUACUCCAACAACACCAUCCUCUCCAGGAACUAAUAGCUCAUCUUCUUCACUUUCUGGAAGUAAUAAGAAGGCAAAGAAGAGAGGAUCCUUUCUUUCAAUGAUUACGAAUGUAAAGGCUACAAGUGGUGGAAGUGUUGGAGGAGGUAGCUCACAACAGCCCAAAUCUCAACCUCCCAUUGAUUCAUUAUUUGAUGAGACGAGAGCUGAAUUGGAAGCUUCACCUAGAGUUGCAAAUUCAAAGAAAAAGAAAUCACUUUCGAAUAGUUUUUCGAAUUAUGAAGAGGAUUUAUCAAUCAAAACCAAUAAUUUGUUCAAUAGGAGUAGAAACAGAUCCAAGUCAGCUUCCAAUCAAUUGGAUGUACCAAAAAUUUCUUUAUUCAAUACAAUUUCAUCCAGUCCAAGUGCCAGUAAUUCCCUUCUCACACCAAAUGGUUCAGUUUUGAGUGAUAAUGGGUCACCAUUUUCUGGACUCAAUCCAGAAUCACCCAAAUCUGCAACCUCACCACGAGUUUCAUUUCAAAGAUUGACUUUGGGAAGCGGAAUUGACGAUGCUCCUGAAUAUCUAGAUACAACUGAUGAUGAAUUUAGACAAUUAAUGGAUUCAGAAAAUGGAAGAGAAAUUUUCUUUGCAUUCAUCCAGAAACAUUCUCAUUCUGAACAAAUUGAAUUUCUACAAGAAACCAUUCGUCUCUAUCAGGAUAAUGCCUCCGUUCUUCCAAAAUGUACAUCACCAAGCUCCAAUGCUCAUAUCCAUGAAAAUACACCAUUCUCUGUCUCAUUGCCUGAUAAUGGAGACAAUCAAUUGGGUAGAUGUUUAUCUCCUCCUUCAAGUAGCAGUUUUAUUGGUAGCUCAUCAUUGUACGAUUCUACUUUUGAAAGUCAAUCAUCAGUGCCUCAUUUCUCCUCUUCCAUCUCCUCGAUUGGUACUCUCAAAAAGGUGAUUUCCAAGAACAAACUCUCCAAACAAUCGUCCACUAUUGAGGAUAAGUCCCUCAUUUCAACCUCUGAAAUUUUAAUGAGAUACAAACAACAAAAAUUGCAAACAAUUCAACAAUCAAUCAUUUCACAACCAUCCCAACAACCUCAUGUAUUUUUCGGAUUUAAUUUGUAUCAUAUUGACAAUCUUGUAAAUAAGUUCAUUCUCGAACAUUCACCCAAAGAAUUGAAUUUGAGCAAGAGACAACGACAAAAAGUUUUGGAUCUUUUCGAAAAGCUAAAGAAUGAAAAACUAGAAUUUUUAAAUAGAGAAGUUUAUGUAGAAGGUGCAGGAGUUAAAAAAAUUCCCUAUACAUUAUAUACUGACAUUCUAGUGACCGAGGAAGAAUUUGUUGAAAUUUUUAGAGAGAUUAUCAGUGUUAUUAAUUUACAAUUGAAAUUGGAAUGUUUCAGAGAAUUUAGACGAUCUAAAGAAUAUCUAGAUGUAAUCUUGUGCAAUAUGGGAGAUGUCAUUGGUGUGGCCAGUGUAGUUGGUAGCAUGAGUCAGGAUAAAUUAGAAGCUCUGGUCUCUCCUCGAAGACACAUUCUUAAUCGUCUAGGAAAAUCACGUCGAUUAUCAGAAGCAGAUCUAGGAAAAUCUGAAUUCUCUCCCUAUCCAUUCGGCGAACGUGGUCAAUCCAAUAUCAAAACUCCUAGAACCAUGAUGAGAAAUAUGAAAAAUCCUCUAGAGCUCUUCCAAUAUGAUUUUCAAUUGAGUGAAAGAUUGGGAAGAACAUCGAGUAAGGAACAAUAUGCAUUCUUAUAUAAUCCAGAGAAGGUGAAAUUUGUCAAGACAUUGCAAUAUAUUGAUACAAAUGAUUGGUUUGAGAGACCACCUUAUACAUUUGUGUUCCAAUCAGCAGUUGUUUCAAACUCUCCUCAAUUUGCAAUUACAGGAUGCCAUAUUAAGCCAGAAGCUGCUGUUGAUGAAAUGUCUAAAUUGGUCAAUGUUACUGAUUCAUAUUCGAGUGAAACAUUUUAUCCUAAUGUUAUUCUUUCAGGCGAUUUCAAUGCAGGUUGCUCAUAUGUUUCCAAUUCUCAAUGGUCACAAGUAGCUCUCAGAACUGACACCAGAUUUUCAUGGCUCAUAUCAGAUCAAGCGGAUACAACUGUUGCUGUUUCCUCAUGUCCAUAUGAUCGUUUUGUUAUUUUCCAAAAUGCUGCCAAGAGAAAUAUUACUACUGGAGACGGUUUUGAAUAUUCCAAUGUUGGCAUUUUCAGAUUUGAUAGUGAGUAUGGUUUUAACACAACCUAUGCCGCCACUGUAAGUGAUCACUAUCCAAUUUACAUGUCGAUCAAUGUGAAAACUCCAACUCCUACCACUAGCUCAUCAGUAAUUAUUCCAAAGAAUAGUACUAUUGUUCUUUCUCAAGCCAAUUCGCAACUUUCUGCGUACAUUGGAUAUUUGAUCAUGUUCAUUUGUCUUUGUUUUGUUCAAAUGUAA